AUUACUUACUUAUUUUUGAAUCAAUUGAUACUGAAGUAUAUAGUGAAGAUAAAGAACCCGGUGAAGUUGAUAACGGAAAUUUAAUAGAGCAAUCGAAUGUAAAUUUAGCUUCCCAAGCCCUUCGGCUGGUUAAAGAUUGUCCCACCCGUUGGAAUUCGAAAUAUCGAUUAUGGAAAAGACUAAUAAAAUUAAAAGAUGCUAUUAUAUGGUUAGAAGCUAAUCUGAAUAUUUCACAAAAUUUAGAUGAAAGAAAAGAUGGUCAAAAACUUAGACGUUGCUUACCUAGUGAAGAUGAAUGGAA